AUGCAGGGGUGUGGUCACGGAGAACCGUCCAAUCAGAACGACAAGGGCGUUUCUCGAAACACAAUCAGAGGCCCCGGGGCGGUGCUUGGAGAACUAGCCAAUCAGGAGCUUGGGUGUCCUCCUCUCACCUGCCCGGCCUUCGGGCCCGCGGGGAAGACGUCUUCCCCGGAGAGCUCGGAGCCGGGCCCCGACAUGGACUCAGUGGUCUUUGAGGAUGUGGCUGUGGACUUUACCCUGGAGGAGUGGGCUUUGCUGGAUUCUGCUCAGAGGAAGCUCUACAGAGAUGUGAUGCUGGAAAACUUGAAAAACCUGGCCGCAGUGGGGAAAAUUUGGGAAGAACUCAGCACGGAAGAUCAGCCCACAAACCAGGGGAGACAUCUGAGAAAUCCUGUGGUGGAGAGACUCUCUGAAAGUAAUGGUCAGUGCAGGGAAGGCUCCAGUCAGAUUCCAAAUCUUAAUCUGUAUGAGAAAACUCUUUGCGGAGUUAAAGAGGAUGAAUGCAGUGAGUAUGAGAAAGUCUUCGGGCGUCACUCCCUCGAGAGUCACAUCGCCAUGCACGCUGGACACAAAGCGUAUCAGUGUCAGGAGUGUGGGCGGGCCUAUACCUGUCGUGCACACCUAAGAAUGCAUGUGAGAACCCACAACAGAGAGAGAACCUACGCGUGUAAAUUAUGUGGAAAAACCUUUCCUCGUACUUCUUCCCUCAACCGGCACGUAAGGAUUCACACUGCUGAGAAAACCUAUGAGUGUCAGCAAUGUGGGAAAGCCUUCAUUGAUUUCUCAAGUCUUACUAGUCAUGUGAGAACUCACACUGGAGAGAAGCCAUAUAAGUGCAAGGAAUGUGGGAAAGCCUUCAGUUAUUCCUCAACUUUCCGGAGACACAUGAUAACGCACACUGGAGAGAAGCCCUAUAAAUGUAAGGAAUGUGGGGAAGCCUUCAGCUACUCCUCAACUUUUCGGAGGCAUAUGAUCUCACACACUGGGGAGACACCACAUAAAUGUAAGGAAUGUGGAGAAGCCUUCAGCUACUCCUCAGCUUUUCGCAGGCACAUGAUCUCACACACUGGAGAGAAGCCCUACGAAUGUAAACAGUGUGGGAAAACCUUUAUUUACCUGCAGUCCUUCCGGAGACACGAAAGGAUUCACACUGGAGAGAAACCCUAUGAAUGCAAACAGUGUGGGAAAACCUUCAUUUAUCCCCAGUCCUUUCGAAGACACGAAAGGACUCAUGGUGGACAGAAGCCCUAUGAGUGCAGCCAGUGUGGGAAAGCCUUCAGCCAUCCCUCGUCCUUUCGAGGGCAUAUGAGAGUGCACACUGGGGAGAAACCUUAUGAAUGCAGUCAGUGUGGCAAAACUUUCAACUGGCCCAUCUCCUUACGAAGACAUAUGAGGACACACACCAGAGAGAAACCCUACGAGUGCAAACAGUGUGGGAAAGCCUUCAAUUUGUCUGCUUGCUUUCGAGAACAUGUGUGGAUGCAUCCAGGAGACAAGUCCUAUCAAUGCAAGCUAUGCGGGAAAGCGUUCUAUUGCCACAUAUCCUUACAGAAACACAUGAGAAGGCACACUGCAGAGAAACUCUAUGAAUGCAAGCAGUGCGGGAAAGCUUUCAGUUGGCCUGAACUCCUGCAGCAGCACGUGAGAACACAUACCGCGGAGAAACCCUAUGAAUGUAAGGAAUGCGGGAAGGUCUUCAAAUGGCCGUCAUCCUUGCCGAUACAUAUGAGAGUGCACACUGGAGAGAAACCCUAUGAAUGUAAGGAGUGUGGGAAGGCUUUUAGUUGUUCCUCAUCCUUAAGAAGACAUGUAAGGAUACACACUACCGAGAGACACUACUUAUGCACUGCGGGAAAUUCUGCAGAUGAAUUCAUGCCCCAUGCUUCAGAAAAUCCACACCAGGAGAGAAAUCUGAUAAAAGUUGUAAAUAUGGUACUGCCUUUUGUUCUGGAAUCUUCUGGCCUGAGGACUGAGGCUGCGGCACAAGCACUGUCGGCACCGGGACUCCUCACCACAGCUCAUGCCUACCCGCCGCCCAUCCGGGACUACAACGCCACCUCACCAGUGCACAUGCGCAUUUCUACCAACGCCCGUGCUCUGCGUUCCGGUUCCGCGUAG